AGUUGCUAUUACCACAGCUCUCAUUAUUUAGUCUUUUUUUUUUUUAAGUGAACUGUCUUAUCUGUUUACAACUGGAUCCAGAAAAUCAGAAAAAUUUCUACCUACAAGACAAACCUUCUCUCCCUGGUCUGACUAAACUGGAAGAAGACCCAGGAUUCAAACUGCCCAUGCUGCCACAGUUGAUCAGCUAGUGUGAAUACCACACUCUUUCACCAAGAUCAUCCCUGCAGACUCUGGCCCAGGCUGCCUUCAAUAUUUCUACUCAAGGUCAGUAACUACUGGUCCAUCAUUUCUUCAGGAUCCAGCUUUAAAAAAUGGAUCACAGUUGGAAGGCAUUGCUUCUUAACAUCCUUGAAGACCUUACAGAGGAAGAGAUGGGAAAGUUUAAGUACCAACUGAAAAAUAUAGAUCUUGCUAAGGAAUACAGCCACAUUAAACGAGGGACUCUGCAGAAGGCAAACACAGUGGCACUCCUUGCUGAUACACUGAUCCAGCACUAUGGAGAAGAAUAUUCCAUGACUGUGACUCAUGAUGUUCUGAUAGCCAUAAACCAACGGAAUCUGGCAGAGCUGAUCAUUUCACAAAUGGAAAAAUCUGGAUCUUCCAUGGGAAAGUCUAAAAAAUGGACAAACAAGAGAAAACAAGACAAUGAAGCAAAAUCAGAUGAAGAUAAAUGGCCAAAGAAGUUUCAAAAAUUAAUUACUUCAAUGAAGCCCAAUGGACCUACUACUCACCCUGUAAAACCUCAAACAAUCAGUGAUAUUGAAGAAACAAAAAAAAAUCACCACUUUGAUGACUUGAUCCAGAGGCUUAAUCUACAAUGUUAUUAUCCCAAGAAGAUGACCAAAGUUAAUUUUCUUCUGAUAAAUAAGAUCUCGUUCCUGGGCAUUCAACCGAAAGCUGAGAGGGAACUACCAUAUUGUUUUCUGGAGAAGCUAUUGGUAUUGGAUUAUAAUUUAAGAUUCCUUGUUUACAGAAAGACAAUUUCAAAUCUGUCCCAGGCAGUGACUAUAGAGUCAGAAAGAAAAUUGUCAAGAUUUGAGGACUUUUUUAUGAUUAAGGAAGGACAUUCAGCCUCAGUACCAAUUGCAUUCACCCACUGGACAUCCAAAUGGCAAUUUUCCACUGUGCUGAUGACUUCACAAGACAAUUUAUUUUAACCAAACUUUCCACUUGCCAAUUUGCUCUCCCAUUUUUGGUGCCCAAUCAUUGCAAUUCCCAAGUUGAAUUCCCUCUUUGGUCCCUUGGACAAGUCAGAAAAAGCUGGAGGGAGGUGGAAAAAAUAGGUUGGGAGACAAAAAUUAAGAAGUAUGAUAACCAACUGAUUAGCUCACAGCCUACACACAUUGUAUCAUUCAUAAGAAUUGGAGAUUUUGUCUUGACUUCUAAGUCACAGAUUCUGAAUUUACUCCUGAGUAAGGAAAAACAUGACCAUUUCUUUCACAAUCAUUUUAGGAAAGGCAACAAGAACUCUCUGUUAAUGGCAGGGAUGGUGGAAAUCUGCUGGUUCUGUCCAGGUGGAAGAGCUGAGGACAGAUUUGAAAACUGCAUUGCCUUCACCAAUCUCCAUGGAAAUGCUGAACUAUAUGAAAAGCAAGUUAAGUUCUUGCAAGAGGUCUCCUCAGUCACUGUACUCCUCCUGUCAGCUUCAGAAAAUGCUUCAGGAAGUGCAAAAAUGAGCACAUCUAUUCUACAUGAAUUGUGGAAUCCACACAAACCUCUCAUCUGUCUGUUUGAAAAUGUAGAAAAUAUUCUGGAUGAGAAGUAUGCUCCUCACAAAGUGAGAAUUGGCAUCAAGGGUCUAAACAAGGUAGAAUUAGCUGAUAAAAUCACAGUUACAUUAGCACAGUUACUGAAAGAGUCUACAUCCCCAUGCAGUUUGAAUAACUGUGCCAACAUUGCUAGGAAGUAUGGAUUUAUCAUUGAUGAAGACCAGAGACACUUCCAGGAAGCAGGAAAAAAAGCAGACAGCAUUGUAGAUCUCUUAAGAAAAGUGAAAUUAUCUCAGAUAAAAGAAAGCCUACUGCCUCUUCAGGGACAGCUAUGGCAUGAUUGGUGCAGGAAGGACAAGGAAUUCUACCAACUUAGAGAAAAGGGGAACAAGACCAUUGAACAAUACAAGAAUGAGAUUGAAAAGGAAAAGCAAAAUAUACGCUGGGAACAAUAUCACAAAGUAGUUCAUCUUAAUGGCCUGAUGGAGUCAUUUUGUCAAAGUCUCCAGUCAUACCCAGAAACUCACACUGAGCUCUACUUCCUGCAAAGACUGAGUUUGUUAAUAGAUCAACUAACCAAGACAGACUUAGAAAACCUCCACCAAAGGCACAGUUUUCUGAUGACUCAGGUGCAAACAGAGAAACUGAAGCAAUCAAAGGCAGGCUCCAUCAGACGCUGGGAGGCUGAUCUAGAAGCUGUUUCCAAAGAAAUCUGUGAUUCUACCCUGGGACCUGAGCAUCUUCUGAGAGAAUUGGGCCAGAUCUAUGAAGCUCUGGAAGAAACUUCUUCCCAAACAAAUACACUGUAUCUGUCUGUUCCCCAAAUGGCUGCUGAUCUGAUGGUAUCUGGGUUUCCUAUUGAGCUAAUGGAUGGGGAUACUUCUUAUGUGCCCUUGAAGUGGGUAGCAGCUGUUUUUGACAAGGUCUCUGAGAAACUUGGAGAUAAAAAGGUGUUUGUUCUUUCUGUCCUUGGCCUGCAUAGCUCAGGGAAGUCCACUCUGCUGCAUGCCAUGUUUGGGUUGCAGUUCAGCCUCAGUGCUGGGAAGUAUACUCGGGGUGCUUACAUGCAGCUCCUGAAGGUAGAAGAUAUAUUCAAAGAAGAGCUGGGCUUCGAUUUUUUGCUUGUUGUGGACUCAGAAGGACUAAAGGCUCCACAGCCCAUGAACAAAGCACAGAGUAAGGAAAAUGAGCUGGCAACCUUUGUCACUGCACUUGGAAACUUAACUCUAGUCAAUAUUUGGGGGCCAAACUUAUCAGAAAUACAAGAUGUUCUGCAAAUAGCUAUUCAUGCCAUUCUCAGGAUGAAACAACUGAGUAUCUCCCCAGGUUGCCUGUUUGUUCAUCAGAAUACAGAAGAAACCAUAGAUACAAAUGAAAGUAUGGCAAGGCGACAACAGCUGCAAGAGAAAUUGGAUGAAAUUACACUUGCAGCAGCUCGAUAUGAACAGUGCUCAGAUGUACACUGUUUCAGUGAUGUCAUUAAGUUUGACAUCAGAACCCACAUCCAUUAUUUUGCUCAUCUGUGGGAAGGUUAUCCCCCAAUGGCCCCUCCUAAUCCCUGCUAUAGCCAUAAUGUCCAGAAGCUAAAAAGCAGGAUUCUUAAGUUUGCCAAGGAAGAAUCCAGGGGAAGUAUUUUGAAGAUAUCAGAAUUUAAAGUCCGAAUACAGGAUUUAUGGAGGGCUUUGGUGAAUGAGAACUUCAUCUUCAGAUUCAAGAACACCCAGGAAGUUGUGGCUAUGGAUAAACUGGAGACCACAUACAAUGGUUGGACCUGGGAGCUGCGAAACUUUGUGCUGGACUUGCAGAAUCAGCUAACCAAACAGAUUCAAAAUGGGUUAGUUCAGGAGAUUGUGAGAAGUUCAGUUGAAAGCCAACUUGUGGGUAAACAUGAAGCCAUUAAGCGAGAACUUGAAAAAUAUUUUCAAGAAGACCAAGAUAGAGACAUAUUGGCUCCAUGGAGAGGAAAACUUGAAGAUGAUUUGAAGACUCUUAAAAAGGAACUUGUAGUAGAAACCAUCAAAAAAUGUGAGGAUGUAAUAAAUAAAAAGAAAAUUCAAGACCUUUUAAAGGUGCAAAAAGUAAAAAUUGAACAUAAGUUACAAGAAAAAAUUAGAGAAGUGGCCACAUCUGUCAAGAGCACUGAGUUGCAUGAGAAGGAGCUGAGAGAUAUGUUCAACAAAAUCUGGUCAGAGAACAUCUCCAUUGUUCUGCCUCCCUCACUCUCAUUUGCUGACAAUCCUGACAUUGAUGUUGACCUAGAGAACAUUUUGCUGCAGCAUUUUAAACAGCAUCCUCAUAUUGUCAGUAAAAUUAGAUAUCGUGGUACAAAGAACCCAUUUUCUAUCAACUAUUCUAAACAUGUUAUUACUUCUCAAACUUCACAAAUAAAUGCACCUUCUGUGGAAGAUUUUGAGACAGACAUCAUAAUGAACACAACAGCUCACAUUAUGAAAGUGGUUAAAGAAGUCAUAAAUAUAAGAGAACAAAACAACCAAGGAUACAGUUCUAGUUACUUUCAUGAAAUUCUCCAAGUGAUUGACACUGAGACUGCAGCUGCAACUCAAGGACUGGCAUUUGGGCUAAGCAACAGAUACAAACUAGAGCUUGCCCUGGAGCUAUGCCAAGAGGCAGCAAACAGUUUUAAAAGGAUGUCUACUGCAUUCAAAAGGGCAAAUAACCCUGUCCUACAUCUAGAGAGCCAAAAAGAGGAAAGUUUUAAUGAUUUUAAGUUAUUCUACAAAAACUGCUCAAACAUUGAUUGAUUUCCUCUGAUGCAAAGUUUUUCCUACCCUAUGAAUUAGUAUAAAUACUCAAAAUCCUUCUCAAUUUCCUUGUCAUCUGUUACAUUCCCUUCUGUGAUGAGCAUUUUUGUAACUCAGACAAUUAAAUACAACCAAUUAAACACACAAUUUGGAUCUAUCCUAGAAGUUUAGAAUUAGUGAAUUGUCCUGUAAGUAAUCUCCAAACUACUAUUUUACCAGAAGUUUAAGUUAAAUAUUUAUUAAAAAUACACAAAAUAGGC